UGAUUUGCAGAUAAUACGAUGGCCUUGAGGAAAAAAAGAAGAGGAAGAUAUAGUAACUAACGAGAUUACAAGCUCGACCAACAGGGUGCCGUGGAAAGGUGGUGUGAUAAUAUAACAAAUCCUCCGGCUCCACACACGCGAAUAUGUAAACUGGAUCUGUGAAGCUGUGCGCCUAACCUGUUGAAUACUGCAGCAUUUUCCGCAUAUGUGGUGCCGCGCCACUAGACCGCGAAAGAUGCGCGCUGUGUGAUUUCGGCUGUCUGAACAUAUGGCAAGCGGAGGUGCAUCGUGUUUUUUCACAUAACCUGAAAGACAAUUUUGGGCACACUGCACGGGAAAGAGGAAGCUAGCGUGCACCGCGUUUUCUUCGCCUCUGCAUAUCAAGCGUGAUCAGAACAGCGUCUACCAUGCCUCCAGAAAGCGCUCCAGCCAACAAAAUGCUCCGAGACUUCCAGGUGUACAUCCUGACAUGGAAUGUAGUCUGUCGAGCACCGAUUGCAGACCUUCGCAGUGCCUUGGGCCUCGAGCCUCCCAUAAUUCCAGAGGCGCUGCCAGACAUGUACGCCAUUGGGUUCCAGGAAGUGAGUGCGAGACCUCAGCACCUCCUGUCCCAAGCCUUUUUUGAAGAGCCCUGGAUUCAAGCCAUCAGGAAUGCCCUGCACAAGUACAGUUAUGUCAAGGUAAAGCAUGUGCGUCUACAGGGCCUCAUCUUGACCAUCUUUACCAAGCGCGAGCACCUGAUACAGCUGCGGGGCAUUCAGUCUACGUACACCCGGACAGGUCUCGGGGGUGUCUGGGGCAACAAAGGUGGAGUGACCAUACGGCUUUGCGUGUACGGUUGCUCCAUUUGUUUUGUCAACAGCCAUUUGGCUGCUCACGAGAGUGAAACAUUCCAACGGAUAAAUGAGUAUAACACAAUAAUUGAGAAGCAAAGGUUUUUUGACACCCAGGCAACAAACAUUUUGACGCACGAUUACACGUUUUGGUUCGGCGACCUGAAUUUCCGUGUGGAUGACUGCACAUUGGAGGAAAUGAGGGCUGCUAUUGAGAACAACACCUAUAGCCAGAUGCUGUCAAAAGAUCAAUUGAACCGUGUGCGCAGCAAAGGUGAAGCCUUCCACGAGUUCUGCGAAAAUGACAUUACCUUCGCACCAACCUACAAGUUCCAGAUUGACCACGUCGGCUACAAUUACAGCCAGCGCAAGCCAGCCUGGACUGACAGGAUCCUCUACCGCUUCACCAAGAAUGCUUACGACAAUGUGACCCUUGAUCUAAAACAGCACCAGUACGUCAGCCACGACCUGUACAUCCAGAGUGACCACAAGCCCGUGUCUGCUUUCUUCACUCUGAAGGUGUUUGCCAAGCCUGAGCAGCCAGUCAUCUACUUUCUUCCUGUGGGUACUUGGAUCAUCAAUCAGGACAGCUUUGCCUGGUACUACGCAAGUGCAGACACCGAACUCAAGUCCUGGGAUUGGAUCGGUCUCUACAGGGAAAACUUCAGUAGCCUGGAGGACCACUUGGGCUAUGUCUGGGCAUCAACACGUCCCACCGAUGUCUAUCCCACCCACCUGCGAACACGGCGUAGCCGGUCACGCUCUUCUCGAGGCAGUCAUUCGCGACCCAGCUCUGCGGCCUCUGGUGCAGCCACCAGUGCGGCUCCUGGUGCAACUCCCAGUGGAGCCUCCGUCACAGCUCCCAGUGGAGCCUCUGCUGUGGCCUCUGACACGGCCACCAACUCUGCUGGGGGCACCCCAAGUGUGCCCUCUCGUCGCGCCAACAGGUCCCCGGCCGAAACAGAAAAUGCAGCACGGUCCCUCUCUUGGCCACGCAACUCGGCAGACGAGCCAGGCGACCCCGAGCCUAACGUAGAAGGGCAGCGGCCAUUGAGGUCUGCCUCUGCCGUGCCCGCUGUGACCCCGCCUGGCGACAGCACUGCCGAACAGUCGAGGCAGGGCAGCAGUGCCGCCAAGAAGCGCGGGGAGGCUACGGUCAGCUGGAGGCCUCCGACCAGCCAGCAGCCGUCCCCACCGCGCGCGUCGCCCAGCGACAGCAUGGUCGAGGGCACCAGCGUGCAUGCCGACACACCUCCCGACACUGGCAAUGCGACGCCGGUGGAAGGAAAGAGCUGCUCGGAUCAGGGUGACGACGCCACCGACGAUCCCAGUCGGCGUCCAUCUGUGGGAGAAGCGGUGGCCCAGGCCGGUCGCACAGACAGCGGCACGGGACAAGAUGGCCAGCAGCAAAAGCGUCCGCCUUCAUCAUCCGAGCGCGUCUUCUAUAGGGUGCUCUUUGGCGACCAGACGCUGCUGGUGUCGGGCAGGUACCGGCUGGUCUACCUACGAGGCCAGUCCGACGUGCUCGGCAUGAGUGAGCCUUUUAAGUUCAUAAACAAUGUUGACAUUGACACUGUACAUAAGAAUUAAGGCAGCUGUGAGCUGAAGACCCUGCAAGGGCAGCUGCCGCUCCUGAUGUAAAUAGGAUUAGCAAUAGACUGAUUGCGGUAGAAUUAGUGUAUGUUAAUGUUCACAAUUGUCAAAUAUAAUGCGCAGAAAAUGCCAACUUUUUUGGCAACGCCUAGCGGAGGACAGGUCCGCCUAAAAUCUUGCAUCUCGCGAAACCUACGUUUCACGUCGGGAUUCGCGUACGGUAUUUUGCAACGGCUGCGCUAGCCUCCAAUGAGAUCACGCGCAGAUAUCGGCAUGCAUUGGGAGGCCACAUAUGCAUCUCGUUCAAUACUCCCUACUGUAACGUGGACGUGCAUUAUCCCACUCAACUUUUCUUUUAUGAGAGCCGCUCGGACAGAAAAAGUUAUAUUUUCUUACACCACAGCUGUGUACUCCUCGAGCGCUGUUAUAUUAUGCUAUUAUUGUCAAUGUGCGGUGUUGGAUCUUGAGGCCUUUUGUGAACCGUUGUUUGUAGACACCCGCAUGCUAGAAAUCUUAAAUGCGAGCCAUGUGCACAGCGUGUAUGUAAUAUCGUUGACGUAUCGAACGACCAACUUUUUCGGUUGAUCAUUUUGUUGUUAGUAAUAGUGUCGUCACUCGGGAGUUUUUGUGAUGCCAAUCCCAACAGUCUUUGUGAUAUUUAUUGAGCUCACUCUGUUGUGCCUUUGAGCACGGGUUGCAAAGCAAGCCGCAACAGUUGGGUUUUUCAUGGCUGAAAGUACUAAGGAAGCAUAGGGCUUACCUGUAGACUGUCUGCUUAAUGUAUGGAUACUUGAUCUCUUUGAAUUUAUUCAUUCCACGAUUUAACGGAGAACGUGUAUUCGAUGCGGUACAAAUGGUUAUUUCUCUGCGCAUAGCAUGUGCAAUAUUUCUCCUUCGCAAAGUAUUGUUCUUUGUUCAGAAAAAUAAAACAAGCAAGCCAAA